AGGGGGGGGAGGAGGAAGAGGAGGAAGGGGAGGAGGAGGAGGAGGAGGAGGAGGAGGAGGGAUGGGGUGAGGAUCCAGCGCUUCCACAGCACCCCAAGAGCUCCAGGCACCCACAGAUCCCAAAAGUCCCAAAAGCCCCAAGAGUCCCAAAAGUCCCCAAAGCUCCCACAUCCCCCAGAAGUCCCAAAGUUCCCCGAGAACUCCAGGUACCUGCGGAUCCCAAAAGUCCCAGAUCUCCCAGAUCUCCCACACCUCCACAUCUCCCACAGAUCCCAAAAGUCCCAAAGAUCCCACAGUUCUCCAAGAGCUCCAGGCACCCACAGAUCACAAAAGUCCCAAAAAUCCCCAAAAUCCCCAAAGUCCAAAAGUCCAGAGCUCCCUGAGAGCUCCAGGCACCCAAAGAUCCCAAAAGUCCCAAAAAUCCCAAAAGUCCCCGAAGUCCCAAAAGUCUCAAAAGCCCCCAAAGCUCACACCCCCCCUACAUCUCCCACAUCUCCAAAACUCCCAGAGCUCCCCAAGAGCUCCAGGCACCCACAGAUCCCAAAACUCCCACAGAUCCCCAAGAGCUCCAGGCACCCACAGAUCCCAAAAGUCCCAGAGCUCCCACAGCUCCCUGAGAGCUCCAGGCACCCCAGAUCACAAAAGUCCCCAAAAUCCCAGAAGUCCCCAAAGUCCAAAAGUCCAAAACCUCCCACAGUCCCACAUCUCCCACAUCUCCCAAAAGUCCCAAAGCUCCCCGAGAGCUCCAGGUACCCACAGAUGCCAAAAGUCAAAAAGUCCCAAAGCUCCCACAUCUCCCAAAACUCCCAGAGCUCCCAGAUCUCCCACAGAUCCCUGAGAACUCCAGGCACCCACAGAUCCCAAAAGUCCCAAAACUCCCAAAGCUCCCACAGCUCCCAGAUCUUCCACACCCCAACAUCUCCCAUGGAUCCCUAAAGUCCCAGAGCUCCCAAAGAACUCAAGGCACCCACAGAUCCCAGAUCUCCCACAUCUCCCACAUCUCCCAAAGCUCUCACAUCUCCCACAGCUCCCCGAGAACUCCGGGCACCCACAGAU